CCCAAUUUAUCUCAACGACGAGCUUCAAGACUACUAUGAACAUGAAAACGAGGUAUGCCGGACGAACAACGAUCAUAUAGUCAACCUCACUGUAUGUUACAGGUCGCAUCCCCCGGUCCAGCUUGGGACGACUCCGUGUCGGAGAUCGCCCAGUCUUCCGUACCAUCGUCAUCCUCCACGCAGUCCUCGCCACGGUUCUCCGGCGCGUGUCGAUCAUUCUGGUCUGCACGGUGCCCGCUUGAACGGACAAAACGCGAGGCCACCUGGCCGUCAUAAACGCGGCCCAGCCCCCGAUACCGAGCUGUUGGUGCAGUCGACGAUGUCAACACCGAACGAUGGCCAAGCCGACGACCGCUCCUUGCUACCCGACGUGCCCUCUGCCCUCUUCGGGGGUUCUUCGACGGAAUCAGUCCGCCGACGUUCACAUCGGCUGGAAAAGGCGGUCCAGAAGGCGGUCCAGAAGGCGGUCCAGAAGGCUGAGACGGCAUCCAACAAUCGGAAGCGGAGGCUUGACGACGUCGAAGAUGACGAGGACGAGGACGACUACCUGCCGGCUAUAGGACGCAGCGCCCGCCACCGCCGUUCGGCGCCGAAGAAACGCCCGCGCAUAAGCGAGCCGAAGAAGACUGUCGAGCCAGUUCACGUCGCCGAACACGAAAAGCCCUUUUACUGCGCGAAAUGCAACAAGGGUUUUGGGCGGCGGUCGGAUUUGAAUCGACACUUCGAUUCCUUCAUGCAUACCGGCAUACCGAAGGACCAGCGCGACGACAACGACCAUCUCCAAUGCGAGUGGUGCAAAAAGCGGUUCUCGCGCGAUGAUGCGCUCAUGCGACAUCGAAAAGGGGACUACAGAGGGAAGGGUGGCGCUACCCGCGGGUCCCCGCGCGCAUGACUUCACGGCUAUAUUGAGCAUUUGUAUACCAAAGCAUGGAAUAGCUAGCUUGUUGUAUUGCUCGCAUAGAAGCCACUCUGACUGCUGUCGACUUUUUGGCCCGAAUGAACCUCCGGCGUCUGGCAAUCACGCAGACCCACGACGGCAACGCGACGAUCAUACACGAUCUCAAGGAUCUGACCCAUUCAGAGUCUGGAGGAGUGCUAGGCGAUUUAGAGCGACCGUGAGUGCACUAGAUGAGUGGCGAUUGAACGGCGAAGUGACAACUGUUAUCGCCACCGGCGCCGAAAACCAGAAGUAUAUGGUUGCAUCAGCCCGCCAGCGGACGACUUGUCUUGCAUGUCAGGUAUGCGGCAAC